AUGUCUGAAACAGAUGUUUUGAUUAUUGGCGCAGGACCAACAGGUCUCGUUCUCGGUCUCUGGCUCCAGACUCAGGGUGUCAAAAUACGCAUUGUUGACUUGUCGGAUGGCCCUGCGCCAAACUCCCGUGCGCUGGUUGUCCAUGCGCGCAUUCUGGAGCUGUAUCGGCAACUUGACCUGGCCGACGAACUGCUGAGUCGAGGAUACAAGCUACCAGCUACUAAUGUAUGGGUUGAUGGUACCCAUCGCGCUCAUAUCCCUUUGACAAAAUUCGGCGAAGAGUUGACACCUUAUCCCUACCUACUCAGCCUUCCACAAGAUGAGCAUGAACGCCUGCUUGAAAGAAAAUUAAAUUCAUUUGGCAUCUUUGUGGAGCGACGCACAAAGCUUGAAAGUUUCGUGGAUAACGGGAGCAGUAUCAUAGCCAGACUUUUCCGUGAGGAGGCUGGAGUCGAAUCUACCUGCGAGGCCACAUACAUCGUUGGAUGUGAUGGGGCACACUCCACUGUCCGACGUGGGAUCGAUGCAAACUACGAAGGUGAUACAUAUAUGCCCCUUUUUUAUGUUGCCGAUCUUGUGGCCGAAGAGCAGGACAGCCCUUUUUUCAAUGGCGAAGCUCAUCUCAAUUUUGUCGACGAUACUUUCAACCUCAUUCUACCAUACGUUGGCGAACGUCACGUCAGAUUGAUCGGGACAACAACCCCAAAAACAAAUGGUAACCAGCAAAGUGACAUGUCGGAACCUCAUCCAGAAGUAUCUUUCGAGGAUGUCCUGCCUGAGAUUCAAAAAGCCUGCAAGCUCCAAGUCAAAAAGAUCAAUUGGUUCUCAACUUAUCGCAGUCAUCAUCGAGUGGCAGACAAAUUCCGCAGUGGUCGUGCAUUCAUCGUCGGCGAUGCGGCUCACAUUCAUAGUCCUGUUGGCGGUCAAGGUAUGAACACUGGCAUUAUGGAUGCUAUUAACUUGGCAUGGAAGCUUGCUACGGCCAUCAAAUACCCCUCUAUUUCCGAUGAUGCUAAGGACAAGCUUCUUGACUCCUACGAGCCCGAACGCCGUGCUUUUGCGUUGAAAGUUGUUGGAGCGACGGACCGUGGCUUUACCAUCCUCACAUGCCCGGGAAUUCUGCCUCAUAUUUUACGAGCUUGGGUUAUCCCUUAUAUUGCUCCUCUGAUCACCCGUUUUCCUUCCGCGCGUGAAGAAAUUUUUCGCCGUGGCUCCCAACUUGUAUGUUGCUACAGAGAUAGCCCUCUCAAUCAGCCAACUCAUGGCUCUGAUACUCUUCAGCCUGGCGACCGGCUGCCGUGGGCUAAAACUGAAAAAUGCGACAACUUCUCCACAUUGCAUGAAAUUUGCUGGCAAGUUCAUGUAUAUGGCGACAACGACCCAGAACUAGGAACCUGGUGCGAGGAAAGGAACACUCGGUUGAUUGUCUUUGAUUGGGACGAGAAAUUCAGGAAAAUGGGGCUGAAGAGUAACGCUGCCUAUUUGCUGCGGCCAGAUCACUAUAUUGCAGGUAUAUUUGAAGGUCCACCCUUGGGACCGAAGAUAGAGGAUUUCUUUACCUUGCACGGUUUGGUGUCCUGA